CUGUGUAUACUAUAGAGGCAUUCAUAUAACAACUAACUGUGCUUUUAAUUAGUUGUGUUUUAGUAGUAGUAGUACAGUAUUAGUCGUCCUAAUGAUCACACCAUAAGUAUACAGUACAACACCUGACAGUCCCCAACACACACACACACAGACAGUCAGAUUGCAAGCGCCCAGUGCUGAGCCCACCACCGGUGCUCAUUAACAUCACUGUCCACAACACACACUCACACACCCAUAGACACGAUGUCGGCCACCAAACAUCGUAACAAAUAUGUGACCAAUGGUGAGGUGAUGACCGAUAAUCCAGACAUCAGACAUCGAUUACAUCAUCUUUUCGGUCAAAUUGAGAAAGAGUUUGACGGAUUGAUCACCGAAAACGUUGCCCUUAAAGAAAGAGUCGAGACAUUGGAAGAGCUAAUUCUGUCUUCAGGAACACCACAAACUGAUGUCCAGAACAGGGCAUUACAACAGAAAUUGUCAGUAAAUUCCGUCAAACGGGACUCAAUGGUAACCGCUUCCCAAUUAUCGGCAAAAAUCAAGUCAACCUAUAAAUUAAAGGCAACGGGACGUAACCUUUUUAAAGGUCAGAAUGUGACGGCACAUCAGGUCGGCAAAUAUGAGUGGCAUAAGGAUGGACUUUGGUAUAUCACGUCAGCCGUUAAACAACAAAAACAUUUUAUAGCCACCGCUUCUGCAGAUGGAACAGCUGUCGUGUCAGACGUUACCAAAAUGGACGCAAAUCUGACACCCCUUUUGACAUAUGUUGGACACACCGGUUGUUCAGUGAAUUGUGUUAAAUUUCAUCCGAAUUAUGAUCUUAUAAUGACUGCCGCCGGUGAUGGUACUUCACAUAUAUGGAGACCCAACUUAGAACUGCAUUUACAGAGAAAUUUAGAGCCCGACGAAGCCAUGCAAGACGGGACAAAUGAUCACCAAUUGGUUAAUCAAAAAUCUGAAGAUUCCAUACAAAUUAAGACACCGCUGUGUGAACUGACUGGCCAUCAAAGUGUUGUAAUUUCAUGUGAUUGGAUAUCCGGUGUUGACCAGUGUGUUACCGCCUCAUGGGAUCGUACGGCCAAUAUUUAUGAUAUUCAAACGGGUGAACUAGUAGUACAACUUGCCGGACACGAUCAAGAGCUGACUGAUGUAUGCGCUCACGGCUCGACCCGACUAAUAGUGACCUCAUCGCACGACACUACUUUCCGUUUGUGGGACUUUCGGGAUGCCAUACAUUCCGUCUCCGUAUUUCAGGGACACACAGAGUCAGUCAUGUCGGCCUCAUUUUUGGGUACCGAUAAAGUCAUCUCUGGUUCUGAUGAUAGGACACUAAAAGUGUGGGACUUGCGAAAUAUGCGAUCAGCGUUGACAUCGAUAUACGUUGAGUCACCGCUAAACAAGUUUUCCGUAUCCGAAGAGGACAACCUAAUAGCCAUUCCACUGGACAACCGACACGUCCGAGUAUAUGAUUUAUCUGGCAAUCGGGUGUGCCGUCUGUCCCGAUCACAACACGACCGAAUGGUUACCUGUUGUUCAUUCGCUGCUCUUAAUCAACCAAAUAGUAUCCAUCUGUUCACCUGUUCUUUCGAUAGGAGAGUCUGUCUCUGGGAUAUUAUUACAGAAGUUAAGUCUUAAAAUUUAAUUUAAUUUUUAUAUUUAUUAUUAGUAGUAGUAUUUUAUGUCCAAUAAAACA